GUUUCGGUUAAUUGCCACCAGAAGGCGCCACCGUUUUGCAUUAUUGUUUUUUUUAUCAACUCGCAAGAAAUUUCGUAAAUUUUGUCGGAAAGAACCGCAAAAAUCCGAGUGCUACUGUUACGUUUCAUUAAAGUGCAUAUCAUAUAUAAGUAGUAUUAGUAUCCCGCACACCCUCGCACUGCAACGAAACACGCGGAACGUCCUCCCUCCCCGCCACCAACGCGAAUUAUUUUUGUUUUUCGACCCCUGGCCGCGCGUCCGUGGUGGAGUUUCCCCCAAAAAGGUGCAGCAGCGGCGGCGAAGGAAACGCAAUUGGACAUAUUAUCGAUUUGACCGCGCGUGGCGAGCGUCCUGCUGCAAACUGAGGUGUCCCCCUCGUUCCACCCAUGGAGGUGUCCGCCGAUCCAUACGAGCAGAAGCUCUACCAGAUGUUCCGCAGCUGUGAGACGCAGUGCGGCCUCCUGGACGAGGGGUCGCUGCUGAAGCUUUGCUCGCUGCUGGAGCUGCGGGAUCAGGGCGCCGCUCUGAUCGCCAGUCUGGGCAGCAGCCACAAGCUGGGCGGCGUGUCCUUCGGCCAGUUCAAGGAGGCGCUAUUGAACUUCCUGGGCUCUGAGCUGGACGCCAGCACUUCGUCGGGAUUUAUGGAGCGCUCGCUAGUGAUAACAGAUGAGCCGUUGGCCAGCACAUAUAUUGAGAGUCCGCCAGAGUCCUCUGACCGUGAGGUGUCACCAAAGUUAGUUGUGGGCACCAAGAAGUAUGGCAGAAGAUCCAGGCCGCAUCAGGGAAUCUACGAGUUGUCGGUAACGGAUUCGGACAACACGGAUGAGGAUCCGCUGCAGCAGAAACAGCAGCAGCGCAGCCUCAACGGUGCCGAUGAGCUGGGAGCCCAGGUGCAACGUUCCUCCUCCCAAAGCGAUAUCCAUGGCAGUCGGCGUCUGCGUACCGUCCACACCAGUGGCAGCAAGCUCAAGCGUUGCGCCUCCCUGCCAGCCCGCCGGAAUCUUCAGUCCAAAAUGCACAAUAUCUCAACGGGAGCGACGACAUCACCAACGGCAGCCGCCAAGCUAAAACAGCUGUCCAUCCAGAGCCAGAAUCAGCAGAGCAGCAGUGUGGAGUCUUUGGACACCGUGACGCCACAGCAACUGGAGACGAUCAGUGCGCACAGCAUAAUCGAUGCCUGGGAGUUGGCCAGCAUUCUCAAUUGCCGCAACCUGCUUCAUAUCCUUGGUUUCGAUGAGGACGAAGAGGAAGUUAACCUGCAGCAGCUGACCAGCUUGGAGGAAGAGAUACGCGGUCUCGAUGACGAGGAGCAGUCGAAUAUGCUGACUUUGGCUGCCCUGCAGUCCACCGAGUUGGGCAACUAUCGCCUCGCCUUUCGCCAGCAGCACGAGGAGAAUGUGAAGCUGAGGGCCGACAAUAAGGCAGCGAACCAAAGGGUAGCCCUUCUGGCCGUUGAGGUGGAUGAGCGGCAUGCCUCGUUGGAGGAUAACUCCAAGCAGCAGGUCCAACAGCUUGAGCAGCGGCAUGCCAGUAUGAUGAGAGAAAUGACCCUGCGGAUGAGCAAUGAUCGUGAUCAUUGGACCAGCAUGACGGCCAAGCUGGAGGCGCAUAAGACCCUGGAACAAGAGGAGAUCCGCCUUAAAACGGAACUCGAACUGGUGCGCACCGAAAACACAGAGCUUGAAACGGAGCAGCAGAAAGCGCAUGUGCAGCUCACAGAGCUGCUCGAGCAGAAUAUUAAGCUCAACCAGGAGCUGGCACAUCGGUCCAGCAGUGGCGACGGUGUCAGCAUAGCGGCAACUCCCCAGCACAGUCCCUUGAGCCCCAGAAGGCACAGUGAGGACAAGGAGGAGGAGCUGCUGCAGCUCAUGGAGAAGCUGGCUGCUCUCCAAAUGGAAAAUGCCCAGCUGCGCGACAAGACUGAUGAGCUGACCAUCGAAAUCGAGAGCUUAAAUGUGGAACUGAUCCGAUCAAAGUCCAAGGGCAAGAAGCAGGAGAAGCAGGAAGACCAGGAGGCGGCUGCCACGGCCACCAAGCGGCGUGGUGAUUCACCCAGCAAAACGCAUCUCACGGAAGAGAGUCCGCGCCUGGGAAAGCAGCGAAAGUGCACCGAGGGCGAGCAGAGCGAUGCCAGUAAUAGUGGCGAUUGGUUGGCACUCAAUUCCGAGCUCCAGCGUAGCCAAAGUCAAGAUGAGGAGCUGAUCACCCUGCGGCAGCGGGUGGCAGACCUGGAAAAGGAACUCAAGGCCGCCAAGGAAGGUAGAUCUCUCACUCCCGAGGGUCGCUCCAAGGAACUGGAGGCAAGUCUCGAGCAAAUGCAGCGCGCCUACGAAGAUUGCGAGGACUACUGGCAAUCGAAGCUUAGCGAAGAGCGGCAAAUGUUCGAGAAAGAGCGCCAGAUCUACGAAGACGAGCAGCAGGAGAGCGACAAGAAGUUCACCGAGCUGAUGGAGAAGGUGCGCGAGUACGAGGAGCAGUUCAGCAAAGAAGGGCGCCUCUCGCCCAUCGACGAGCGGGAUAUGCUGGAGCAGCAAUACGUAGAACUUGAGGCGGAAGUCGCCCAACUGCGCUCCAACUCCAUGCUAAUGCUCGAGGAGAAGUCGCAGGAGAUAAUGGGCCUGCAGUCAGAGAUCGAGGAUCUGCGUCAGCGGCUGGGUGAGAGCGUGGAGAUUCUUACAGGCGCCAGCGAACUCACACCAGAAUCGGUGGCCCAAAUGAGUGCCGAGGCGGGCAAGAGUCCGGCUAGUUCCCCCAUCAGCUACCUCUGGCUGCAGAGCACCAUUCAGGAGCCGGUUAAAUUUGCCGGCGCUGGAGACGAAGCCGCUGCCAGUGCCAUCGAACUGCUGAGUGCCGGCGGUGGCGGCUCACCAUCGCACAAGGCGACUAGCCGAAACAACCUCACCACCUCGGAGACAUCCAUCUUUAGUACCACACCCUUCGACAGCUCCCACUCUGGUGGUCCGUCGCCCACAAAUAGUGACACCACAAAUGGUUCUUUAGCCGCGGCAUCAGGUCCCGCGCCCAUCAGCAAACCCAAGCGACGGGCACAGAGUCCACACAGGUAAUCCGAGGGAGAAAUCGCCGACUGUGAGACCUCAUCGACGGCUUCCAAUAAGAGCUUUGAUACCCACAGUCAGGUGUCCAUUAGCAAAACGUCUUGCCUUAGCCACGAAAAGUGCACCAGUCCCAGCCUCAAGGAGGAGCUGAAACGCCUCAAGUUCUUUGAGUUGUCCCUGAAGGAGCAGAUAAAGGAUUUGAGCCUGCAACGUGACGGUUUGGUCAUGGAACCACAGUUGCAGGAGGCGCGACCUGUGCUCGAAAAGGCCUAUGCGCGAACAACGCAUCCAACACUUCAGCAGCGACUGAACCAACUGGAGCUGCGAAAUCGCCAUCUGCAGAAUGUCAUCAAGCAGCAGCAGCAAUACACCGAGUCCCUGAUGCAGCAAUCCUGGAGGCAGCAUCAAGUGGAGCUCAACGAGCUGCACGGCCGGAUCGAGACACAGGGCGUUAUGCUGGCCGAUCAGACGCAACGUUUGCAGAAUGCCGACAUACUUGUUAAAGAUCUGUAUGUGGAGAACUCUCAUUUGACUGCCACUGUGCAGCGGUUGGAGCAGCAGCGGGCAAGGGUGAACCUCAUCCACCAGCAGCAGCAGCAGCAGCAGCACAGGCUCGUGGGAGCCGCCGCCACCUUGGGCGGAAUGCCCGGCAUGCCUUAGUAACGGAACUAUAUAGUUUAUAGAACUAGACAAAAAGAAGAGAAAGACAACAAAAACCUGAGGAGGAAGGGUGCUCAGCAUCGUCGGCAGACAUCGAUAUCGUUAUGAAUGUUAGACACACUCGGUAGAAUAAGUUUCGUAUUCGUACGUGGCGUUUUUUUGUGAAUGAAUGUGAAAUCCAUGUUGUGUGUUUGUUCGACACAAGAGCACCAAGAGUUAAGCAGGAUAUUAUAUCGAAAUUUUCGAUUUAUAAGCCUUACACAUCGAUGUUUUCAAACUCUAACCGAGACGCCGCAUAAACAAUAACUAAAGUGACUUGAACCUUAACGUUAACUUUAAACCUUAAACUAAAAAUGAAACUUAAACCUAAACUCACCCACGCGCAAAGAGGAACAAUCCACACACUCGGUAACUUAAUCGGUAAUCGGCUAACUAAACUGAUCUGAACUAUUUACACGAUAGAUACUGAAUGAUAAACCCCUGAUAUGCAUGCACUGCAAUGUUGACCUUACUACAUUAAUUGACUACCGAAAAAUAGUUAACGUAUAUAUUUAAUUAUAUUAGAAGAAGCAGUAUUUUAAAUUUGUUAUGCGUCUGAGUGUAGGCGGAGCGCGUUUAUCAAUGUUUAUAUAUCACGUGCCCAUAACCAAAUGCAUCGGAAUUGUUGUUAAUAUUAUUGGUAGAAAACGAAUGCAAACCAAGCAAAAUUAAGAGGAAUGAUCUAUUAUAUGAUAUUGAUGAUAUAUACUAUAUAUUAUUAUGUAACGACAAAAGACCUGUAAAAAACACACGUAUCUAUGUAUUUAAAUUGCGAUUUAAGUUAGCCAAUACUCUAUUCCUAAACGCUUUUGUUAAACCCUUUUCCUCCGCCCACAAACUAACACUCGAUUU